UCUCCCUAGCUCGCUGCCUCUGGCAAGUGGAGUUUUUAAAAAGCUGGAGCAGAUCAUGUCAUGACGACUUCGCUGCUCCUGCACCCGCGCUGGCCGGAGAGCCUUAUGUACGUCUAUGAGGACAGCGCGGCGGAGAGCGGCAGCGGCGGCGGCGGCGGCGGCGGGGGAGGCGGUGGCGCGGGCGGCGCGGGGGGCGGCUGCAGCGGAGCGAGCCCCGGCAAAGCCCCGACCAUGGACGGGCUGGGCGGCAGCUGCCCGGCCAGCCACUGCCGCGACCUGCUACCGCACCCGGUAUUGGGACGCCCGCCGGCUCCUCUGGGCGCCCCUCAGGGCGCCGUCUACACGGACAUCCCAGCCCCGGAGGCGGCGCGCCAAUGCGCCCCACCGCCGGCGCCCCCCACUUCGUCCAGCGCCACCCUGGGCUAUGGCUACCCAUUCGGGGGCAGCUAUUACGGCUGCCGCCUGUCGCACAACGUGAACCUGCAGCAAAAGCCUUGCGCCUAUCAUCCGGGUGACAAGUACCCGGAGCCGUCGGGUGCCCUGCCUGGCGACGACCUGUCCUCCAGAGCCAAGGAGUUCGCCUUCUACCCCAGCUUCGCCAGCUCCUACCAGGCAAUGCCCGGCUACCUGGACGUGUCGGUGGUGCCCGGGAUCAGCGGGCACCCGGAGCCGCGUCACGACGCGCUCAUCCCUGUCGAAGGCUACCAGCACUGGGCUCUUUCCAACGGCUGGGACAGUCAGGUGUACUGCUCCAAGGAGCAGUCGCAGUCCGCCCACCUCUGGAAGUCUCCCUUCCCAGACGUGGUUCCCCUACAGCCCGAAGUGAGCAGCUACCGGCGCGGGCGCAAGAAGCGCGUGCCCUACACCAAGGUGCAGCUGAAGGAGCUGGAGAAAGAGUACGCGGCCAGCAAGUUCAUCACCAAAGAGAAGCGCCGGCGCAUCUCAGCCACCACGAACCUCUCGGAGCGCCAGGUCACCAUCUGGUUCCAGAACCGGCGCGUGAAAGAGAAGAAGGUGGUCAGCAAAUCGAAAGCGCCUCAUCUCCACUCCACCUGACCGCCCGCCCGCCCCGUCUAUUUAUGUCGCCGCUUUGUACCAUAAUGAAAUGGAAUCCACCCGAAGGACCAGCGCAGACCACUAUUUAAUCUUACCGAGAAAGAGGAACAGCGCGCUGAGCUCUGCCUUACCCUACGCCCCAUCCCACCCCUAAUCAUAACCCCCACCAGAUGGUACCCACUCAGC